AAGUGCGGCGGAAAGUAAGAGGCUCAUUGGGGAAGACUGCCGGGAUCAGGGUCCCCAGGGCUCCGCUUGGGCCAGAGGCGUGGGAAGGAGGAGUGCCGGGUGACCCUGCGCCCGCUCCCGCUGCGCUGCGUUUGCUGAGCCCGCUCAGCUUCCCAAGAAAGGAUGGCACUUCUGUGGUGUGUAGUGAGUCUCUACUUCUAUGGGAUCCUGCCAAGUGAUGCCUCAGAACGCUGCGAUGACUGGGGACUAGAUACUAUGAGGCAAAUCCAGGUGUUUGAAGAUGAGCCAGCUCGCAUCAAGUGCCCACUCUUUGAACACUUCCUGAAAUAUAACUACAGCACAGCCCAUUCAGCUGGCCUUACUCUGAUCUGGUAUUGGACUAGGCAGGACCGGGACCUUGAGGAGCCAAUCAACUUCCGCCUUCCUGAGAACCGCAUUAGUAAGGAGAAAGAUGUGCUCUGGUUCCGGCCCACCCUCCUCAAUGACACUGGCAACUAUACCUGCAUGUUAAGGAACACCACAUAUUGCAGCAAAGUUGCAUUUCCCCUGGAAGUUGUUCAAAAAGACAGCUGUUUCAAUUCCCCCAUGAAACUCCCAGUAUAUAGACUGUACAUAGAAUAUGGUAUUCAGAGGAUCACAUGUCCAAAUGUAGAUGGAUUUUUUCCUUCCAGUGUCCAACCUACCAUCACUUGGUAUAUGGGCUGUUAUAAAAUACAGGAUUUUAAUAAUGUAAUACCUGAAGGUAUGAACUUGAGUUUUCUCAUUGCCUUAAUUUCAAAUAAUGGAAAUUACACAUGUGUUGUUACAUAUCCAGAAAAUGGACGUACCUUCCAUCUCACCAGGACUCUGACUGUGAAGGUGGUAGGCUCUCCAAAAGAUGCAAUGCCCCCCCAGAUCCAUUCACCCAAUGAUCACGUGGUCUAUGAGAAAGAACCAGGUGAGGAGCUACUCAUCCCCUGUAAAGUCUAUUUUAGUUUCCUGAAGGACUCUCGCAAUGAGGUUUGGUGGACCAUUGAUGGGAAGAAGCCAGAUGACAUCACUAUUGAUGUAACCAUUAAUGAAAGUAUAAGUCACACUAGAACAGAAGAUGAAACAAGAACUCAGAUUUUGAGCAUCAAGAAAGUUACCCCUGAGGACCUGAAGCGCACCUAUGUCUGUCAUGCUAGAAAUGCCAAAGGGGAAGUUGACAAAGCUGCCAAGGUGAAACAGAAAGAGGUAGCUCCAAGAUACACAGUGGAACUGGCAUGUGGUUUUGGAGCCACAGUCCUGCUAGUGGUGAUUCUUAUUGUUGUUUACCAUGUUUAUUGGCUGGAGAUGGUCUUAUUUUACCGGGCUCAUUUUGGAACAGAUGAAACCAUUUUGGAUGGGAAGGAGUAUGAUGUUUAUGUGUCCUAUGCAAGGAAUGCUGAGGAAGAGGAAUUUGUAUUACUGACCCUCCGUGGAGUUUUGGAGAAUGAAUUUGGUUACAAGCUGUGCAUCUUUGACCGAGACAGUCUGCCUGGGGGAAUUGUCACAGAUGAGACCUUGAGCUUCAUUCAGAAAAGCAGACGCCUCCUGGUUGUCCUAAGCCCCAACUACGUGCUCCAGGGAACCCAGGCCCUCCUGGAGCUCAAGGCUGGCCUAGAAAAUAUGGCCUCUCGGGGCAACAUCAACGUCAUUUUAGUACAGUACAAAGCUGUGAAGGAGACGAAGGUGAAAGAGCUGAAGCGGGCUAAGACGGUGCUCACGGUCAUUAAAUGGAAAGGGGAAAAAUCCAAGUAUCCACAGGGCAGGUUCUGGAAGCAGCUGCAGGUGGCCAUGCCAGUGAAGAAAAGUCCCAGGCGGUCUAGCAGUGACGAGCAGGGUCUCUCCUAUUCAUCCUUGAAAAACGUAUGAAAGGGACAAUGAAGUGGGUAAAAAGACCAAGGGGUACUUCAGGAAGGGUCUUCUCAUUCUUCUUUCCCAGUUUAUGGUUUCAUAGGCAGAAACUAAUUGUCUAAGCCUCCCCAUAAGGAUAAAUCCAGAGUGACUGUACGGCUGGCUGUUCUCUUUCCUCAGCCAAGACUAACAUUUAGAAUGAUAUUAUCAACACUUGGUCACCAGACUCUGAUGUCACUAUGUUCUUUGCAGGCAAAGACUUGGUUGAUGUGAAUCGCCCCUUUUACAUCAUCCAUUCCUGUUCUUAUAUGUCGCUAUUAUUUUUUUUUAAUCUUAACAUAUGGAGCAGCCUUUCUCAUGGAUUUAACGAUGCCUUUAAGAUAAGUCAUCUGUUGACAGAGUCAUAAGUUUCUGAAAAGGUUUUCUUUUUCUUUUAUUUUUACUCAUCCAUUGAAAAGAUAAUCAGGACCUAAAUUUUAGCUGAGGAAAAUGAACUCUUUUGUCCAUUCAGCUGUGCAACACAUCACCACAGUAAGACCAACAUUCACUUAGGGUGACACAAAGCAGGAGAACUGAAAAUGUUCCUCACAAUUGAUUUAAAGGGCUUACUUUUCUUUUACUAUACCACCCUUUCCCUCCAUCUCAGGUAACUGAUGUCAUAUUUGGUAAACUUGAAAAAUAUAAGUUUUGUUUUUACUACAGUAAAUUACUGACUAUCUGCCGAUCGACCUACAUUUUUCAUUCCAUCUCCAUAUCUCCCAUUGGCCAUUUAGAGUUUGCAGGUUGGCUCCAUAUUUGGUUCAGUCUGAGAGGAAACUUCUCCUAAUGGUGCUAAUAGAGAGUAAGGUAACAGCAAAAUGCUUUUAGGACAAUUUUUGACUUGUGAAAAGAGCACAGAACAGGAUAUUUGGCAAUUGGUCUUUCAAUCUUCGCCUCACUAAUGUGACUACCAGGAAAGUGAUUUCUCCUUACUUGUUUAUGUCUCUCCACUGUGAAGUGUGAAGGUUAGACUUAGUGACCUUGAGAGUUAGCAUUAAUAUUCUAAGAGAAUUAAUUGUAUUGCCUGUAAUUUACUCUGUAUUACAGGUACUACAGUUGCUCCAAAUAAGUCAAUCUGAAAAGUCACUGUCAAUGAAACUUGUUUUUGUUUUAAGUAAUAUUUUACUGUUCUUAAGACUUGGAAAACUAAGUGCAGAGUUUACAGCAUGGUAAAUAUCUAUGUUAUAUGUAGAUUAUAUAUAUGUAUGUGUAUAUAUAUCUACAUACCAUAAAUUAUGUGUAUGGAUUAUACACACAUGGAAUUAAUGUGUGUAUAUAUCCACAUGCACAUGUAUUAUAUAUAUGUAUAUAUGUGUGUGUGUGUUGUGUGUGUGUGUUUAUGACUUUAAAGAGCCAUGGGUACAAUUUUACAAACUGCUGAAACUCUUGUGCAGUUUUUAAAUUAUGUUUUUACUGUAAUGCUUUUGUGUCAGUGUUUUUUGUACAUUAAUAUUAUUUGUGAAUUCACAGCUCACAGAGUAGUACUUGCCAUUAGUUCUUGUUUUCCCUAAGUUAGCAUAAAUAACUUACUACUGCUACGGUUGAUAUGGGUUGCAGUAGCAUCUGUUGUGCACAGAACUUGCAUGGUCACUGCUAAGCAGUAGCCUGUCACCUAGCAUUAGCUGAUUUACUACUACAUUCCCAGCAUACACAUUUAGAAACUAAGCUGUGUUAAUCUUGGUGCUCAAGUAUCUAGACUACUGAGUGAUAAAGGAGACAAAUGUACUUAUACAUGAGUCUGGGUAUCCUAUGAAACACAAUAAUUCAUAACUUAAGGAAGCCUUUUCCCUGUAGUAUGAAUGUUGUUGAUAAGCAAUUCUAAAAUUACCUCCUACAUUUAAGUGUCCUUCAUCAGUAUUAAAGUCCAAAAUAAAUCAUUUCUUUAUAUAAGAGUUAUUGAUUAUUUUAAAUUGAAAAAAGGUUCACUUUUGAAUUCUUGACUAUGAAGCUAUGAUAUAGAUUCACUCUUGAAUCUAAUUUUGUUUUAGCCUUAUUAAUGUUUUUUCUUAUUACAAACCACAAUUAUUCCCCCUAUUAACCCUUCACUUACAAGACAGGGGAAACUUAUUCCAGAUAAGCUUUGAAUAUCAAUUCUUGCAUGAGCUUUAGGUAAAUAGAGAAUGGUUUCAUCACCAAGGGGCCAUUCUCUUGCUAAUGCUGCAUUUCUUUUGCACUUUUGGAUUCCAUAUUUAUCCCAAAUGCUGUUGGGUGCCCCUAAAAACUCCUUGAUUUUUUUUCCCUAUUUAUAUUCCUGCCUUUGGUACUAAACUUCUCCAAAUGCUAUAAUAUAAAGCAUAUCAAAUCUAGGGAUAUGUCUCAUUGUAAGAGAACUUUGUUUUUGGAGCUAUGUUCCAGAAGAUGCCCAACAUGGAACAUUUGAGGGAGAUGGGGAAAUAUACCUGUAAUUUAGAGAGCAAGAACAAAUCAUGUCUCUAAUUGAAAAAAAAAAAAAAAAACAAUGGUUUUAUAUAAGUGAUAUCAUGACCUUUUGUACCCAGGUUAACAAAGAACUAUGAUAUAUAAUAGAGUGUCUAAUUACAAAAUCAUAUAAAAUUUAUUUCUUUUCUGUAUUGUAAUUUAGGUGAUUCCUUAGGAUUCUAAUAAAAGAGCACUCCAUUGUGUUGGGGAACAAAAACAUCACUCCACUUGUUAAUUACCCAUUUUCGUUCCAUAGGUUUUAAUGUUUUGAGAUUAUCUUUUUAAUUUUAUUCAUGAACUUUUGUAUUUUUCAUUUUUCAUUUGAUUUGUAAAUUUACUUGAUUUAUAAAUAAACCAUUUAUUUUCAGCUUUGAA